AUGCACACGACCUCUGUCGUAGUGCGUUGGACGUCUUUCGACACUAUAAGCACUGUUGUGCCCCAUGCCGUGUUCAUCGAGCACCUCAUCAUCAAGCACAUUUUCCGCGCUCGCCAAGGCUGCCCUGGCGCUGGCCUGAGGCCAAAUCGGCCGAUUCGGCUUGACGGGCUUCGUGGGAAGUUCAUGGUUGCUCUAUUAUUGAAUUGCAUUCACGACCAAACGCCUUCUCUCUCUAACGGUCACUGUCCACCGGCUCGCCUAUCCGUCCCAGUUCACGGGGUUCGUACAGCGAUGGAGCAGGUCACCCUAUACGUGGGCGAAGCUCUGCGCGAGCAAUCCAGCACCCACGUUGAUCACUCUAUAUGGGGGCCCGCGCUAAUGGUUCUGCCGUUGUUCAGUGCCCUUUCAGCUCUAGUAUUCCUGGUUCAGCUUAUCUUCACUGCACGUAAAGCCGAUGGAAAGGCAUCCGGUUCGCCACUCGAUGCUGACGAGGACGUGUCUCGUAACGAGUCCGGCAGUGGGAAGAGUCGCAUUCUGCUGGCGGGUGGGCGGAGCGGUCUCGCCUACAAAGUCGCUCGUCUAGUUGCCGUUGUGGCGCUUUUGAGCAUCAUGGCAUUGCGUAUCAGUGGUCGAAGCGUAGCGGUCCUCAACGUACUGAUAUGUGCGACAUACGCAUACGCUACUGUACUGGCAUUUCUCGACAUAGCCGCCGGUUUCGCGGUUGCACGCUUAGCGUCGGCGCACCUCGUCACCGUAUUGCUUCUCGCGUUCGCACUGUACGCGGUCCGCGACCUUUGGCCCCUUGUGACAUUCACUCUCCAGCCUAUCGACGGCUAUGAGGGCCCACUGCUUUGGAUACAGGUGGCCCUCCUAGGAAUAGCAGGCGUGCUUGUCCCGCUCUGCAUCCCUAGACAAUACGUCCCCGUCGAAGGCGAGAUUCCGCAGAAGCCUGAUGAGUUGAACGAGGAACAGACCGCCUCCCUACUGUCCUUCGGUACCUUCAGCUAUCUUGAUAGACUGGUCAUGCUAGGCUACCGCCUACGAACUUUGUCGUUCGAGCAGCUUCCGCCACUACCAGACUAUGACAGGACAAGUUAUCUGGUGAAGCGCUCGUUCAAGCACUUCGACCCUUUCACCGGAGCACCUCGUCGGCAUCUGUUCAUAGGAAUCUUAAAGACAUUCUUGUGGCAAUACCUAUCGCUCGUAGCCAUUCAAGUCGUGCGCGUCGCUGCCUCGCUCUUCGCACCCGUUGGGAUCAAUAGGUUGCUGAAGUACAUUGAGACUAAUGGGGAAGGGGCCGUCGUUCGUCCCUACAUCUGGAUAGCUUUGAUGUUCUUCGGUCCGCUCUUUGUGUCACUGCUGGGACAGUGGUACGUCUUCACGACGACCAGUAAUGUUGUCCGUAUCCGGGCCAUCAUCACUCAGCUCGUGUUCGAACAUGCUCUCCGUAUACGACUCUUCAGUGGCGACACGGCAUCCGGGAAGGCUGACGGGGAUGGGCCAACAGCGACUAAAAAGGCAGAGAGCCAGCUUCUUGGGAAAAUCAACAACCUCGUGACCUCCGACCUGGACAGUGUCGCUGACGGACGUGAACUGAUAUGGCUUAUCGUUUACUCGCCUCUGCUAAUUGCCGCAUCCAUCUACUUCCUAUACGAGAUUCUUGGAUGGAGUGUAUUCGUUGGUCUGGUUGUCAUGCUUCUGUCCUUCAUCCUACCGGGGUAUACCGCCAAACGCAUUUCAGGUAUCCAGAAGGAGGUCAUGAAGAAGACUGAUGCUCGCGUGCAGAAAGUCACAGAAGCGCUACAGGUGAUACGUAUGGUGAAGCUCUUCGGCUGGGAGCACAAGGUCGCCGACAUUCUUGCGGUGAAGCGAGAUGAGGAGCUUCAUUGGGUCCGCCUGAGGGAGAUCGCUCAAUUGACGAUCAAUCUUGUGAACUACACGAUCCCUCUAUUGCAGAUGAUAUCAAUCUUCUUUACAUUCACUGUGAUCAUGAAGCAGCAGCUCACGCCGUCCAUCGUAUUCUCCGCUAUACCCGUCUUUGAACUUAUACGGAACGAGUUACACUACAUCUUUGCUCUCGUGCCCAAGAUGAUACAAGCCAACGUGUCUCUCGAGCGCCUUGGAUCCUUCCUUCACACCACCGAAUUGACCGACAUGUUUGCUGCCGCACUGGCCGAAGGUACAAAAGUCGUGCCAUCUGCACGCCCUAGCGACCCACAGACCAUCGGAACCAAGAACGCGAGCUUCACAUGGACAAAGAACGCCGCAAGCGAAGGAUCCCGAACGCCAUCUUCACGCAACUUCACUCUAUGCGUUUCAGACGAGCUGGUCUUUCAACGGAACGCCAUCAAUCUUAUCGUGGGACCGACGGGAUCCGGCAAGACCAGCCUUCUUAUGGCUUUGCUGGGCGAGCUACACUUCUCGGCUAUGGGGCCCGACUCAUGGGUCAACCUUCCUCGCGACGGUGGUGUGGCCUACGCGGCGCAGGAGUCUUGGGUGCAGAGCGACACCAUUCGCAACAACAUCCUCUUUGGCGCACCGUACGACGCACAGCGGUAUCGCAAGGUCAUCCACCAGUGUGCUCUCGCGCGCGAUCUCACGUUGUUCGCUGGCGGCGAUCUAACGGAGGUUGGUGAGAAAGGAUUGACCUUGAGUGGUGGUCAAAAGGCUCGCAUAACUUUGGCUCGUGCGAUUUACUCAUCAGCAGAGAUACUCCUUCUCGACGAUGUUCUUGCUGCUCUGGACGCCCACACAGCUCGCUGGAUCGUCGACAAGUGCCUGAAAGGGGAUCUUGUACGCGGUCGGACAGUCAUACUUAUCACUCACAACGUACCCCUGGCCAGCUCAGCUGCGAGCUACAUGGUAACGCUCGGCAAUGACGGGACGAUCGCAAGUCACGGCUCAGUUGCGGAAGUACUAGCUGAAGACGCCGAACUUGCACAAGAAGCAAAGAGGCAAGCAGAAGAGCUGGAGCGCGCGGAUCAAUCUACGAACAAGGAUCUUGAAGUGGAAGACGCCGCGAUUGAUGACGGUAUCAAGACUACAGCAGGCAAGCUAGUCGUGGAGGAAGAAGUGCUGGAGGGACACGUGUCGUGGGCAACCCUCUCGCUCUACUUCAACGCCCUUGGAGGCAGACAUAACUUCCUUUUUUGGACCUUAUUCCUCGGUGGCCACCUCAUCAGUGAUUUCAUCCACAGCGUGCACACCUACUGGCUUGGCAUAUGGGCUCAGGCCUACGAGGAGCAGGACGCAAGUGAUGUCAACAUUGCCUGGUACCUCGGCGUGUUCGCGGCACUUGUACUCGCGUUCUGUGCCGUGAUCGGUGCAGCCGCUGUUCUGUAUAUCUUCGGGAUGUUCCGCGCCUCGAAACAGAUACACCGUCAGCUCGUUACCUCCGUACUCGGCACGACUAUGCGCGUCCUCGAUAGCACGCCGACGUCGAGGAUCAUCGCGCGUUGCACCCAGGACAUGCGAACGAUUGACGGUCCAUUCGCGCAAGAGUUCCACGCCGUGGUCGAGUUCACUUCUAUCCUCAUCAUACGUUUAUGCGCGGUCGUCUUCGUCACACCCAUCUUCAUCAUUCCCGGUCUGCUGGUCUUCAUCGUCGGCGCCGGUCUCGGCCAUCUAUACAUGACAUCGCAGCUAGCCGUGAAAAGGCACUCGUCGAACAAGGCCGCGCCCGUCCUGGCGCAUUUCGGCGGAGCGAUACAUGGACUGGUCUCUAUCCGAGCAUACGGUGCUCAAGCCGCCAUGCGCGCAGAGUCAUACCGUCGCAUAGACGAGUCCAGCCGCGCCGCUCGGACGUUUGCAAACCUCAAUCGGUGGAUAGGGCCGCGCCUAGAUGCUCUGGGAGGUCUUUUCGCCGCUGGCCUUGGAGCGUGGCUUAUCUACGGUCCUGGCAGAGGCACUAUGCCACUCGACGUCGGUUUCGGUCUAUCGAUGGCUAUCGGUUUCAGCGCCGUGAUCUUGUUCUGGGUUCGCCUCUUCAACCGCGUCGAAGUACUGGGAAACAGCUUGGAGCGCAUUCACUCAUACGUGAACAUUGAACAAGAGCCCGAACCCGCCGUCCCCCGCGCUCUCCCAGCCGCCUGGCCCACGAGCGGCAACCUUCGCGUCGAAGGUUUAUCAGCUCGCUACUCGCCCGACGGCCCGCGCGUGCUGCACGAACUCAACUUUGAGGUCAAGUCAGGCGAGCGCAUCGGUAUCGUCGGACGCACAGGCAGCGGCAAGAGCUCUCUCACGCUCAGUCUUCUUCGAUGCCUGUACACCGAAGGCGCGAUAUACUACGACGGCGUCGACACGUCCACGAUCGAGCUCGACACCUUACGCUCGAAUAUUACUAUCAUUCCGCAAGUGCCUGAGCUGCUGAGCGGCACGUUGCGCGAGAACCUCGACCUUUUCGGAGAACACGACGAUGCAACGCUCAACGCUGCCCUUCGCGCGUCUGGACUCUUCUCGCUCCAGAAGGACAACGACGAAGACAAUCGUAUCACACUCGACUCGCAGAUCUCUAGCGGAGGAGGGAACUUGUCAAUCGGUCAACGCCAGAUCCUCGCGCUCGCGAGGGCGCUCGUGCGCGGGAGCAAGUUGCUCAUUCUGGACGAGGCGACGUCGUCCAUUGAUUAUAAGACAGACUCCGUCAUCCAGUCGUCGUUGAGGCAUGAGCUCGGUGGGGAUGUCACGGUGCUCAUCGUCGCGCAUCGGUUGCAGACCAUUAUGGAUGCGGAUAGGAUCAUGGUGCUUGAUGCGGGGAAUAUCGUCGAGUUUGAUUCGCCGACUGCGUUGCUGGCGAGGGAGGGGCUGUACAAGGCGUUGGUGGAGGAGAGUGCUGAUAAGGAGGCGCUGUAUGCCAUGGCUCAGCGUUGA